ACGUAAAAUUUUUCUAUGGAAGAUUGUUUUGAAACUUGUUUAUCAGAUGUUGUGAAAUUUUCAAUAUUUUGGCUGGUAAGUGGCCAUGAUUCAUUAAUUUUCAUCUAACGUUAAUUUAAAAGUUUCUACAUAAAUGAAGAUUUCCCAGUAACAAAAUGAGCGGUUUUCGUAGAUUGAAAUCAGUUUUCAACGGCCUCGAAACAAUUCGCAAACAGCUUGCUGGCCGUAGCUAUGCGAAGGCUUGCGACAUGAUUCCCUACGUGAACCUUUUCGAGAACACUCCCGACAACUGUGUAAACAUCCACGAUUUCUGUUUCCAGAGAAAAGUGAUAAUUUUCGGAGUGCCUGGUGCAUUCACUCCGACCUGUUCCGCAAGGCACCUGCCAGGAUUCAUUUCCAAGGCGGACGAUUUCAAGAAAAUGGGUGUUGACGAAAUUUGUUGUGUGUCAGUGAAUGAUCCGUUUGUGAUGAGCGCGUGGGGAAAACACUUCAACGCCCAGGGAAAAGUGCGGAUGCUGGCUGACACUCGUGGAGAACUCACUGAAGCUCUUGGCGUCUGUAUUGACCUGCCGAAUCUGGGCGGAAUGCGGUCUAUGCGCUACUCAAUGGUGGUCCAGAACGGCAUCAUUCAGUCGAUGAACGUGGAGAGUGAUGGUGUAGGGUUAACAGUCUCGGAUGCAUCACAACUUAAGGUAUAGCAUCAUAAUAAUUGAUUGGAGGAAACUUUAAAAUGCUAUGAAGACUUUGGGACCUUUAUGUGUUUAUGUUUAUUUUAUUAAACAUUAUGGUUUACCCUACUUGUCAUCCUUAAAUUUUCCACUCUAUCAGUCAUUGUGAUGUUCUAAUGAAAACUUGCUUUUGCAAGAUUAAAUAUAAAGAUAAAUGCAUA